AUGAAGAAAGUGUUCACCGCAGAACAGAUUUCGGGCUGGUUCACCUCAGGGACCACGUUUGCAAACAUUAAACUUACAGAAGAGGCGGUUGAAAGAAAGUUCGAUGAACCAACGUCGAAAGAGAUCAGACCAGCAGAGGUUCCUGAAGAGGGCAGCCUGAAGACUGUGAACCCUGACAGAGAAGGGUUAAAAAAAACAGAACCGACAGUGAGGAGUACUGCUCCUCCUGCACUCGCGAGCUACGAGUACCCCAGCUUGCCGAUAACUAAAAACAGACAGGAGCUGAUUUCCCUCAUAGAAAACAACUCUGUAGUGAUUAUUCGAGGAGCCACAGGCAGUGGCAAGACCACCCAGCUGCCUCAGUAUAUUCUGGACCACUACAACGAGAAAAAUGCCUCGUGCAACAUUGUGGUCACCCAGCCUCGCAAAAUUGGGGCCACCAGUAUUGCUCGAUGGGUUGCCACACAGAGAAAGUGUACUCUGGGUAGUCUGGUGGGAUGUCAGGUUGGACUGGAGAAGAUGGCUACUGAGCACACCCGGCUAAUCUACAUGACGACAGGAGUGCUGCUGCAAAAACUGGUUUCAGCCAAGUGCCUCACAGAGUACUCCCACAUCUUCGUAGAUGAGGUUCAUGAGCGCACUGAGGAGAUGGACUUUCUUUUACUGGUUUUGAGAAAACUCCUUCAUUCCAACUCUCGUUAUGUCAAGAUCAUCCUCAUGUCAGCCACCAUUAACUGCAGACAAUUUGCUGAGUACUUUGGCACCCCAAUUCGUGGCAAGAUGAACCCAGCCUACGUGUUUGAAGUGGAGGGGGCACCCUAUGCCAUUGAAGAGUUUUAUCUGGACGACCUCCAAAACAUGUUUCCAUACAGGGUUGAGUUGCUUCAUAUUGAUGACCCUCAUAUCUCAGUAGAGAUGUACAAUCUGGCCAUCAGUCUCAUCCAGAGCUUUGACGAGAUGGAGGGCAAAGAUUCCAGAAAAGCUGAGAAAGAAGGUGGCAUGACUCUGUCAGAGAGAGGCAGUGUGCUGGUUUUCCUUCCUGGUAUACAUGAGAUAAGCUACAUGCAGGAGGCCUUGGCCAAGCUGGUCCACAAAAGAUUGCAGGUUUAUCCUCUCCACUCCACCGUGACGCUGGAGGAGCAGAACGGUGUGUUUCUGUUCCCUGUCCCUGGAUACAGAAAGGUCAUCCUUUCCACCAAUAUCGCAGAGAGUUCGGUGACUGUUCCGGACGUUAAAUAUGUGAUCGAUUUCUGCUUGGCCCGUCACAUGGUCUGUGACCAGGAUACCAAUUUUCAGUCUCUACGUCUCACCUGGGCAUCCAAAACCAACUGCAACCAGCGCAGAGGCAGGGCAGGACGAGUGUCGAAGGGCUACUGUUACCGUCUUGUCUCCAAAGAUUUCUGGAGGAAUGAAAUCCCAGACUACAUGAUCCCUGAGAUGCUGCUUGCCCCCUUGGCCACCAUCAUGCUGAAGGUGAAGCUGCUAGACAUGGGAGAUCCCCGCUCCCUCCUCUCAACAGCCCUCUCACCCCCCAACCUUGGUGACAUAGUGAGAACGGUACUCCAACUCAAAGAGAUGGGUGCACUGUCUGUGAAAAGUGAUGGCAAAGGACAAAAUGAGGAUGGCGAGCUGACGUUCCUGGGUCGAGUGCUGGCCCACCUGCCUGUGGACCUGUGCCUGGGGAAGAUGAUUGUCCUGGGCCAUGUCUUUGGCUGCCUAGAUGAGUGCCUCAUCGUAGCUGCCUCACACUCUCUGAAGAGUUUCUUUGCCAUACCAUCCAUGCAGCAGCUUGCUGGCCACAGGAGCAAGUUGGCCUUUGCCCGUGGCACACCAAGUGAUUCCAUAGCUUUUGUCAAUGCCUUCAAGGCAUGGCACUCAUCCAAAAAGAGAGGACAUCUGAGACACCCAAAGGACGAGCUGGACUGGGGAAGAGAGAACUUCAUUCAGAUCAAGAGGAUCAGGGAGGUUGCAGAGUUGUAUGAGGACCUAAAGAAGCGUGUGUCCCAGUUCAACAUGCAUGUGCAGGACAACGAACCAUCAGACUACACCAGCACACACAAGCAGAAGUUCAUUCUUCAGGUGGUCAUUGCUGGUGCCUACUACCCCAACUACUUCCUACAGGGGGAAAUAGAUGAAGACCUGGCUUCCAGAGAAUUAAGUGGCUAUAACCCCAGAACAACAGUGAUGAUGAGGAACCUCCCUCCGUACGGUUUCCUGUACUACAAGCAGCUGCAGUCUCUGUUCCGCCUCUGUGGACAGGUCAAAAGCAUUUCCUUUGAGAGCUCCAGAGCGUACGUUGAGUUCUACAGGACAUCUCAGGACUCAGGGGUGCUGCCCGAGGUGUCCCUUGCCCUUCUCCUGGCCCAGCAGAGUCGUUCCAUGGAGCUGUCGGUUUACCCCAAUGAACAAAUAGAAAAAUGUGCUGGGAACAGAAACAUAACUCACAUGAAAUAUGCACGAGUGAAUGUCGACUUCCAGAACCAGUCUGUCUGCCCAGUGGGAGUUGUGAGCAGCACUAUUGACCCAGAUAAGCUACCCCUCAACCGCUUGUUUGUGGUCAACAUCACAGAGGUGGUGGAGGUGGGGAAUUUCUGGGGGUUCCAGGCAGAUGAAGCCAGCCUGGAGAAGCAGCGCCAUCUGACAGCUGAUAUUAACAAACGCACACUGCAUCCUGUAACUGUGUCACUCUACCCCAACCUGCUGUGUCUGGCUCCGUACUCUGAGAUUAAUGAGCAGAGCCUGUACUACCGUGCCAAGAUCCUGCACAUGCGUGGCAAUACAGUGGAGGUGUUUUUCUUGGACUUUGGCAACACGGGGGUUGUUGCCUCCAGCAGCCUCAGAGAGCUCCCCUCAGACCUCCUGUCUCACCCUUUCCAGGCUCAGGAGUUCCAAGUUACUGGAAUGCGUCCUUCAGCCCAGUCCAUCAUCAUGGGGAACCAGUGGAGCAGCCGAGCCCGCGACUGUUUCAUCACGCUUGUGAAGGGCAAGUCAGUCAUUGUGUCGCUGUACUCCAUCCUACACAAUUGCAUGCGUGUUCAUGUGCUGAUCAACACAGAGACAACAAACGCCAGCGUGGUGGACAUGUUGGUGGAGGAAGGACAUGCUGUGAAGGCCGAAGAGAGCUUUGAUUCCAAGCAAAACCAUGAGGCUCUGAUGUCCCUGUACAAGGACAUGGAAAUGGGUGUCUUUGUCCCCAAUGCUGCCAGCAGCUCCUGGAAGGAUCGAAAGAAAGAGGAGAAGGACCUCAUUGAUAACCUUCUCUCUCACUUUUCUAAGAGCAACCAGUCCUUUUCAAAGACAAAGGUUCAUCUGCAUGGACCAAACAGUCCUCACAAAAUAAACUUCCACAGCUUGAGCCACAGGACCUACUACAAGACAGUGUGUGUAGAGAGGUGCAGCAUCAACUCCCUGGCCCUGAAUGAAACCCCUCACUACAAACACCAGAGGAUGCUGGUGGCCGGGACUGUGUCAGUCAACUCCACAGGUACACGCAUUCUCCUGAAAGAUACCUCCAUCAUGCCAGACGUCUCUGGACUGCCUGCACUCCUUACCAUGCUCUUCACCCCCAUCAUGGAGUUGCGCACUGAUGAAGAGAGGACCUGCUACACCGGUGCCCUCUGUGGACUGGGUUGGAACAGUCAAACGCAAGCGGGUGUCCUACCUGAGCACGACAUUGAACUCGCCUUUGACGUUAAGUUUGAUGUUGAGGACAUCACUGAGAUAAAUGCUUUACGGGUGGCUAUAAACCGUCUGGCGUGUGACGGACCCUGUGGCACUCUGCAUCUGGGGCCUGACAGGAUUAGCCACCUGCAGGAGGACUGUCGGGAACGCCUCACGAGACUGUUCAUCAAGUCACCUCCAAGGGAAGCGGUCACUCCAGUUUACUACAAGAAGCUGGAGAAAUGGAACCAGGUGGAUCCCUCUCUGAAGAUGGACAUCGUGGAGCCUGGUCGUGGAAAGACAAGAGGUGUUCUCUUCCAUCUACACCCUGUUACUCUCCUCAACACAUAAAAAGGCACUUAAAAACAUUGAAUUUGUG